AUGGCGGCGGUGCAGAAGAUGCUCGGCAGACUGGGUAGCAUUGGAGUGGGUCUUGCUAUCGCCGGUGGAGUGGCCCAAUCGGCUCUUUAUAAUGUUGAUGGUGGUCAAAGAGCCGUUAUUUUCGAUCGAUUCGCUGGAGUGAAGGACGAAGUAAUUGGUGAAGGCACUCAUUUUCUUGUUCCUUGGCUUCAGAAACCAAUUUUGUUCGAUAUUCGCUCAACACCCAGAGUGAUUUCCACGAUUACUGGAAGCAAAGAUCUUCAAAACGUCUCUAUAACCCUUCGUAUACUUCACCGUCCAGAUCCUAAUAAAUUACCGAACAUUUACCUCAAUAUUGGUUUGGAUUACGCAGAACGAGUUCUGCCUUCCAUCACGAAUGAAGUUUUGAAGGCUGUCGUGGCUCAAUUCGAUGCUCAUGAGAUGAUCACGCAACGUGAAACAGUUUCCCAACGUGUGUCGUUGGCGCUUGCUCAACGAGCCGCACAAUUCGGUCUGCUCUUAGAUGACAUCUCCAUUACUCACCUUUCCUUCGGUCGCGAAUUCACGGAAGCAGUUGAAAUGAAACAAGUGGCACAACAAGAUGCUGAAAAGGCUCGUUAUCUUGUAGAGAAAGCUGAACAAAUGAAAAUCGCAGCCAUUACCACUGCUGAAGGAGAUGCACAAGCCGCCAAAUUGCUCAGCAAGGCGUUCGCGGAUGCUGGCGAUGGACUCAUAGAGUUGAGAAAGAUCGAAGCUGCUGAGGAGAUAGCUGAGCGUAUGUCCAAAGCAAAGAACGUCACAUAUUUGCCGGGAAAUCAAAACGUACUGCUCAAUCUGCCACAACAUUAA